AUGCCUUUAUUUCAUUUUGGAAAUUGUUUGGCUUUAGCCUGUGGUCCUGUUUUAUUAACAUAUAAAUAUUCUGGCUUAGCUGAAUAUAAUGCAUUUUGGAAAUGUGUUCAAUCGGCUGCUUUUUAUUUAUUUGUUCAAUUUAUAAAAAUGCUUACUAUAGCUACAUGUUUUCCACCGGUCGAUGAAUCAUCAUCAUUUGUUGUUAAAACUGAAUUCUUAAAAAAUACAGUUGAUAUAUUAGAUCUAGUUGGUUUACAUUUCGUAAUAACACGUAUUUGUGGUAAAACUGAUUUAAAAUAUUUAGUUGCCGCACUUGGUUGGGCUUCAGCUGAACUUGUUGUAACAAAAUUUUUACCAUUAUGGGUAGGAGCUCGUGGUAUUGAAUUUGAUUGGAAAUAUAUUCAAAUGAGUCUUGAUUCAAAUAUUGCUUUAAUUCAUCAUUUAUCAGUUGCUAUGCUUAUUUGGCUUCGUACUCGUAAUGAUUUAAAUAAAUCAUAUAUUCCAUUAAUUAAUGUUUUACUUCUUCUAUGUUGUUAUCGACCAUUAAUUUUAGAAGUUUUGGUGCAUGCAUUUGGUCUUGGAGCAUGGAUACAUUUAUUAUCAAGAUUUUUAUUUACUCUCUCCGUUGGUUUACCAACUCUUCAACUAUAUUUAUCAUUACCAAACAAUAAUUAG